UUAUCCCUAAAUCACAAAAAAGCUUGCUGGCACUACUAAACCUGGGAUUUCCGAGCAGGAUUCUGAGACAUAGUUUUGUGUCAUGUCUGUUAUGUUUGUUUCAACAUAAUUAAACAACUGAAUGAACAUCCUCCAAGUAUGGUUAUUCCAUAUUUUUUUCUAGGGAUUGUUGUGUAACAAGACCCCUUUUAACCAUUGUUAUCUUGUUCCGUCAUUCAGUGUCACUUAUGUCUCAUUGAAAAAUGUCAUAUAUUUUAUGUAUACAUGUGCGUCUAUGAGUAUACUGUGUAUAGUUCUUAAACAAGAAAAUCAAAAACUAACUUACAUCACACGGGAGUUCUACAGAAGUGAGACAACUCUAAUAUGUCAGGCAGUAGGCAGUUGCUUAUCCAAAAGGCAUGUGUAAACCUGUGUCAGCACGCCCUUCCCGUCACCGUUGUCUCACCUUCCUAUAGUUGCAAUAACAUUCACACAGGUUUAAAGGCAGGCAUACAAGUGGUCUGUUCUGUUUGAAGAACACAGCCAAACAGGGGAAGUCUUGACACUACACUGAGGAUGUUAAGACGUUCAAAAGUCCUCAAGAUUGAUCUCUUACAGAUAAAGGAUCUAUUAGGACAGUUAAAGCGGUCAAGAAGGACUGAUGUUGUUCCGAAGCAUAAAUGGCGUAAGAAGUACACCCAGUACCUGAAGAUGAGUCGUGAAAAAUACUCUGCAAAAAAAAGCUCGCAGCCUGAUCAUAAAUGUCAGCCAACCCUUGAAAAUUUGCUCCAAGAUAAAGUGUAUUUAGCAGCCUUCCGUUCAUAUCUACAGUCUGAGUUCAGUGACGAAAACAUUGACUUCUGGCUCGCUUGUGAGAACUUCAGGGCAACUGCCUCGUCGGAUAACCUGCAGUGGAAAGUCAGGGAGAUCUACAAGGAGUUCAUCCAACCGACAGCCUGCAAAGAGAUCAAUGUUGACCAUCGCAUCAGAGAGGAGAUCAAGGAAUCCUUGGACAAACCAAGUCUAACAUGCUUCGAUGAGGCCCAGAAACAUGUUUACCUCCUAAUGGAAAGAGACUCUCGUCCCAGGUUUCUACAGUCCAGUGCUUACCUGAGACUAAAGCACAAAUCCAGGACUCUGUGGUACAUUUAGCAGAAUUCCUCCGUUCCCGCGUCACGAGCUGCGUGUCUCGUCUCCCCGUAUUCCCCUCUGGUUCUCUGGCUGCUUCUUGGAUCUCGACCGCCCGCCUGGACACGGACCUUCGACUCCUCUCUAUUGCCCCUGACUUCCUGCCUGUUCUCUGGACUUCUGAGCCUGUCUUGCCCUUCUUGGACUUCCGCCUCUCGCUCAACACUACCGGUAACACUCAACAGUUAAUUUCCACACAUAGUCGCACACAUACGUCGUUUGGAUUAAUUACAGGCCUCAUUUCCCUUGUAUAUUCAAUCGACUAAAUCAGCACUAUACACACCUGUCGCUGAUGAGCUUCCUGGGCUUCUUAGGCCAGUGCAAACCUGCGUUACGGGCCAGAACGUAGCGAUCUGUUCCCAUGCAGUAAACCGACAAACCCUAUCUCUAUGCACUCUCUCUUUCUCUCUGUGUUUUGUUCCUUAGUCUCGUGUUUUCCUUGUCGUCAUCCAGCAGCAUUCUUCCAUUCCUGCGUCACGAGCUGUGUGUCUCGUCUCCCCGUAUUCCCUCUGGUUCUCUGGCUGCUUCUUGGAUCUCGACCUCCCGCCUGGGCACGGACCUUCAACGCCUCUCUAUUGCCCCCGACUUCCUGCCUGUUCUCUGGACCUCCGAGCCUGUCUUUCCCUUCUUGGACUUCCGCCUCUCGCUCAACACUACCGGUAACACUCAACAGUUGAUGUCCACACAUAGUCGCACACAUACGUCAAUUGGAUUAAU